UCACUGUUCAGUCCGAUCACGACUGCCAACCGGUUCGGAACUGUGUUUAGAGACUCUUCUCGUAGAGACGCCAGUGCCACGUGUUUUGCUAGUUUUUGCAUUUUUCGUGCCAUUCCGUGAAGUUAAGCUACCAUUUUUAGUUUGUAUCUGAAGCGACUGUUUCUGUGAUCCUUAUGAUAUAAGUUUCAGUUCUACAAUUGCUACGUGUUUCCUAAAUUUGGAAGAAACAUUCCGUGUAAGUGCAUAGACAUUGAAGGCUAACUAAGUAUUCGAAAACCUGUUUUUCACAACCAACGGACCACCAUGCCCGCUACACUGGUUCUGGAGGAUGGGACCGUAGUGCACGGUGAGAGUUUCGGGGCGGAGGUGGACUCCGAUGGGGAGGUCGUCUUCCAGACGGGGAUGGUCGGUUAUCCGGAAUCGAUGACCGAUCCGUCCUACCAUGAGCAAAUAUUGGUGCUGACCUACCCGUUGAUCGGGAACUACGGCAUUCCGGAUGAAGACCUGGACGAGCGUGGGUUGAUGUUGCACUUUGAGUCUAAUAACAAGGUCUGGACUUCGGGGCUGGUGGUAGGGGAAAUAUGCGAGACACCGUCGCACUGGCGGAGUAAGCUGACACUGUCCCAAUGGAUGAAGAAGCAUGGAGUUCCUGGGAUCAGUGGAGUCGAUACGCGAGCGUUGACCAAGAAGAUUCGGGAGAAUGGAACGAUUUUGGGCAAAAUCGUCCAGGGCCACGUGUUGAGUGCCGCCGGCAUCGCAUUCCAGAACCAAAACCUACGCAAUCUGGUUGCUGAAGUUUCUCUCUCCAGGGCGGUCUCCUACAACGAGUCAGGAUCGCCCCGAAUUUGUGCCAUCGAUUGCGGGCUCAAGCUGAAUCAGGUCCGAUGCUUCAUCAGUCGGGGAGCUCGCGUCGACGUUGUCCCGUGGAAUGCCCAACUGAAUCCGGAGAACUACGAUGGUCUGUUCCUGAGCAACGGCCCCGGAGAUCCAAUCAUGUGCAAGGACACCGUUGCCAACAUUCGGCAGCUGCUGGGGGAGGGAUCGGUAGUGAAACCGAUCUUUGGGAUAUGUUUGGGGCAUCAGCUGCUUUCCACGGCUGCGGGAUGUAAGACCUACAAGAUGAAGUACGGAAAUCGGGGUCACAAUCUGCCGUGCAUUCACAAGGGAACCAAGCGGUGUUUCAUGACGUCACAGAAUCACGGAUUUGCGGUGGAUGCGUCGCGACUACCCGCCGGUUGGGAAGAACUGUUUACAAAUAUAAAUGACCAUACAAACGAAGGAAUCGUUCACACAACCAAACCGUACUAUAGUGUUCAGUUCCAUCCGGAGCAUACAGCAGGACCUGAGGACUUGGAAGUAUUGUUUGACGUAUUUUUAGACACUGUCAAUGCAUAUAAGGCUUCGGGAUCGGAUAAUCAAACAGUGAAAGAGCGGCUGAACAAAGCAUUGGCUUAUCAGCCCAAGCAGGAGAUCGAUACGACUCGUCCGAAGAAAGUGUUGAUUCUAGGAUCCGGAGGGUUGUCGAUUGGUCAAGCAGGCGAAUUCGAUUAUUCUGGGUCACAAGCUAUUAAAGCGUUGAAGGAGGAGCGGAUUCAAACCGUGUUGAUUAAUCCGAACAUUGCGACCGUGCAGACAUCCAAGGGCUUGGCCGAUAAGGUUUACUUCUUGCCAUUGACGCCGAAUUACGUAGAGCAGGUAAUCAAGGCUGAGAGACCAGGAGGAGUUCUACUAACGUUCGGUGGUCAAACCGCCUUGAACUGUGGUAUUGAACUGCAGAAGGCGAAAAUUUUCGAGCGAUAUAACGUUAAGAUCAUGGGAACUCCAAUCACUUCGAUCAUUGAAACCGAAGACCGGAAGAUUUUUGCGGAUCGAGUGGCUGAAAUCGGAGAAAAGGUUGCACCAUCGGACGCAGUGUAUUCGAUUCAGGAAGCUCUCGACGCCGCAGAAAAGAUUGGCUACCCUGUGAUGGCUAGAGCAGCAUUUGCUUUGGGGGGUCUCGGGUCUGGUUUUGCCAAUAAUCGGGAGGAGCUGAAGGUGUUGGCACAGCAGGCGUUAGCCCAUUCGACCCAAUUGAUCAUCGAUAAAUCCCUCAAGGGUUGGAAGGAAGUUGAAUAUGAAGUGGUACGCGAUGCGUACGACAACUGUAUUACCGUUUGUAACAUGGAGAACGUGGAUCCGCUGGGAAUCCAUACCGGAGAAAGCAUCGUGGUUGCUCCCUCGCAAACUCUGUCCAAUCGCGAAUACAACAUGCUUCGUACAACGGCGAUUAAGGUUAUCCGUCACUUCGGAGUUGUCGGAGAAUGCAACAUCCAGUACGCGUUGAACCCAUUUUCCGAAGAGUACUACAUCAUCGAGGUAAAUGCUCGUCUCUCCAGAAGUUCGGCCCUGGCCAGUAAAGCAACCGGAUACCCAUUGGCUUAUGUGGCGGCGAAGCUCGCUCUAUCCAUUCCUCUACCGGAGAUCAAAAACUCAGUGACGGGAGUUACGACAGCGUGUUUCGAACCCAGCCUGGAUUACUGCGUAGUCAAAAUGCCGCGAUGGGAUCUUUCCAAGUUUGCCAGGGUAAGCAAACAUAUCGGAAGUUCUAUGAAAAGUGUUGGCGAAGUUAUGGCAAUCGGACGGAAGUUCGAAGAAGCUUUUCAGAAGGCAUUGCGAAUGGUGGACAAUGUGAAUGGUUUUGACCCGUACUUGAUAAAAAUGAACGAACAGGAGUUGAAGCAACCGACUGAUAAGCGAAUGUUUGUACUGGCGGCAGCGUUGAGAAAGGGUUAUACGGUUGAUCAAAUCUACGAGUUGACCCAGAUUGACCGAUGGUUUCUGGUGAAAAUGAAAAAUAUUAUCGAUUUUGGACAGCGGCUGGAAAAGUUAUCGGCGAUACCGGAGAAGGAUAUGCUUUUGGAAGCCAAAAAGAUCGGUUUCUCUGAUAAGCAGAUCGCGGAGUUGAUCAAGAGCACGGAGCUGGCGGUUCGGAUGCAGCGUAAAGAUACGGGAGUGUUGCCGUUUGUAAAGCAGAUAGAUACGGUGGCAGGAGAAUGGCCAGCGUCUACAAACUAUCUAUAUUUAACGUACAAUGCUACCAAUGACGACCUUGACUUCCCCGGACAGUACACAAUGGUUAUCGGAUCGGGUGUCUAUCGUAUUGGAAGCUCGGUAGAAUUCGAUUGGUGUGCUGUUGGGUGUUUACGAGAGUUGCGGAAUCUCGGGAGAAAAACUAUUAUGGUCAAUUACAAUCCGGAAACUGUUAGUACGGAUUACGACAUGUGCGAUCGUUUGUACUUUGAGGAGAUUUCCUUCGAAGUAGUCAUGGAUAUUUACGAUAUUGAACAACCGGACGGAAUUAUUCUUUCAAUGGGUGGUCAACUUCCGAAUAACAUCGCCAUGGAUUUGCAUCGUCAACAGGCAAGAAUUCUGGGAACAUCGCCCGAAUCUGUGGACGGAGCUGAAAAUCGAUUCAAGUUCUCCCGUAUGUUGGACAGAAAAGGCAUACUUCAGCCUCGCUGGAAGGAGUUGACUAAUCUUCAAUCAGCGAUUGACUUUUGUGAAGAGGUGGGCUAUCCCUGCCUGGUCCGACCAUCUUACGUACUAUCUGGAGCUGCUAUGAAUGUUGCCUAUUCCAACCAGGACCUGGAAACAUAUUUGAAGCAUGCCUCCGAUGUAAGCAAAGAACAUCCGGUGGUGAUCUCCAAGUUCUUAGUCGAGGCUAAAGAAAUCGACGUAGAUGCUGUGGCUGCGGAUGGUGAGAUCCUGUGUAUGGCCGUUUCUGAACACGUCGAGAACGCUGGUGUUCACUCCGGUGAUGCUACGUUGGUAACUCCACCACAGGACAUCAACCACGAAACUUUGGAACGCAUCAAACAAAUCGCUAGGGAUAUUGCUGCUCUAUUGGACGUAACGGGACCAUUCAACAUGCAGCUUAUUGCGAAGAAUAACGAACUUAAGGUGAUCGAGUGCAACGUGAGAGUAUCGCGAUCCUUCCCAUUCGUGUCCAAAACGUUGAACCACGAUUUUGUAGCGAUGGCCACGAGGGUAAUCGUCGGGAUGAGUGUGGAACCUGUAGAUGUGCUGCAUGGGUGUGGAAAGGUGGGCGUCAAGGUUCCACAGUUCAGUUUCUCCCGUUUGGCCGGAGCAGAUGUGAUGUUGGGGGUGGAAAUGGCAUCGACCGGCGAGGUGGCUUGCUUCGGAGAUAAUCGAUACGAGGCGUACCUCAAAGCAAUGAUGUCAACCGGUUUCCAGAUACCGAAGCGAGCCAUUUUGCUUAGCAUUGGCAGUUUCAAGCACAAAAUGGAACUUUUGCCUUGCAUCCGUAUCCUGCACAAGAUGGGAUACAAGCUAUACGCUUCGAUGGGAACCGGAGAUUUCUACACCGAACAUGGCGUUGACGUGGAAUGUGUACAAUGGACGUUCGACGCAGCCGUAACCGGCGAAGACAACGGUAGCGUCGGAGAGCUGAGACAUCUGGCCGAAUUUCUGGCCAACAAGCAGUUCGACAUGGUUAUCAAUCUACCGAUGAGGGGUGGCGGAGCCCGCCGUGUUAGUUCAUUCAUGACCCAUGGCUAUCGCACUCGCCGGCUGGCAGUUGAUUACUCCAUUCCUUUGGUUACGGACGUCAAAUGUACUAAGCUACUGGUGGAGGCAAUGCACCGAAUAGGGCGUGCUCCACCGAUGAAAACGCACACGGAUUGCAUGUCUUCGAGAACCAUGGUCAAGAUGCCCGGUUUCAUCGAUGUUCACGUGCACUUGCGAGAGCCAGGGGCGACUUAUAAGGAGGAUUUCAGUUCAGGAACUGCAGCGGCGUUGGCUGGAGGUGUCACCUUGGUGUGCGCUAUGCCCAAUACGAAUCCACCGAUCGUGGACAGACAAUCAUUCCAAUUGUUCCAAGAUCUUGCUCAGAAGGGAGCCCGAUGUGACUAUGCAUUAUUUGUCGGGGCUUCCUCCACUAACUUCUCCAGCAUCAGUGAACUCGCACCGCAAGCUGCCGCUCUAAAAAUGUACUUGAAUCAGACAUUUACCACCUUGAAGCUGAACGACAUGCUCGUAUGGCAGAAGCAUCUAUCGAACUGGCCUAAGCGAGCCCCACUGUGCGUUCAUGCUGAAAGCCAAUCUACGGCUGCCAUAAUUCUGCUGGCAUCACUAGUUGAUCGCCCAAUCCACAUUUGCCACGUGGCCCGAAAGGAAGAAAUUAUGAUUAUUAAAGCAGCGAAAGAGCGAGGCAUCAAGGUCACUUGCGAAGUUUGCCCCCAUCAUUUGUUCCUCUCCACUAAUGACUUAGACAGAAUUGGCCGUGGAAAGGCGGAAGUUCGACCGGUCUUGUGCAGUCCAGAAGAUCAACAGGCUCUUUGGGACAACAUGGAUGUCAUCGAUGUGUUCGCUACCGAUCACGCGCCGCAUACAAGGGAAGAGAAAGAGUCGGACAACCCACCUCCCGGAUUCCCAGGGGUAGAAACUAUUCUUCCUCUGCUACUGAAUGCCGUCAACGAAGGACGUCUAUCUGUGGAAGACCUGAUUGCCAAAUUCUACAAAAACCCUCGCAAAAUUUUUAGCCUUCCGGAGCAACCCAACACGUAUGUGGAAGUUGACUUCGAUGAAGAGUGGGUCAUUCCGGAUUGUCCUUCGCAGUCGAAGGCUCGCUGGACGCCAUUUGCCGGAAUGAGGGUGAAGGGACGCGUCCAUCGGGUAGUGCUACGUGGUGAAACUGCCUUCGUUGACGGUGUCGUGCUGGUCAAUCCAGGUUACGGCCAGAACGUUCGCGAGUGGCCGCUGAAGAAGCCAACGGUUACACCUUCGGUGGAAAAGAUCAACACUUCGCUGGACGGGUUGGAUCUGUUGUCGAUUACGAAAUCGCUGGAUACCAGCCGACAAGCUGCGGAUUAUUGGGAAACGGACGGUCAUACGAACGAUGUGUUCAGUAAGCUGUUGGGUGAGGGUAGCAAGUCGCAAGCGAAUUUGGUUGAUCCGCUGUUGAGACCAUAUUCGCCGAUGCCGCGAACGCGUUGUGAUUCCGUGAGUAGCUACUUCAAGGAGACAAUUGCAAGUGGUCCGGGAAUAGUGAAGGAACGGAUUAUCGUCGGGAAACAUGUGCUGAGCGUGGAUAUGUUUAAUAAGGAACAUCUGAACGAGAUAUUCAACGUGGCGACAACGAUGAGAGGCCGGGUGCAGAAGGAUCGUCCGCUGGACGAUUUGCUGCGGGGAAAGGUGAUGGCUUCGGUAUUCUAUGAGGUCAGUACUCGAACGUGCUGCAGUUUUGCUGCGGCCAUGCAGAGGCUCGGAGGUCGUGUGAUCUACAUGGACGAGACCAGCUCAUCGGUGAAGAAGGGUGAAACGCUGGAAGAUAGCAUCCAGGUCAUGUCCGGCUACGCUGAUGUGGUGGUGCUAAGACACCCUGAACCGGGUGCUGUGACGCGGGCAGCCCAUCACUGUCGUAAACCGUUAAUCAACGCUGGGGAUGGAAUCGGUGAGCAUCCGACACAGGCUCUGCUGGACAUUUUCACCAUCCGUGAGGAAAUCGGUACCGUCAAUGGACUAACAAUUGCCAUGGUCGGUGAUUUGAAGCACGGCCGUACGGUGCAUUCGCUGGCUCGUCUGCUAACGUUGUACAACGUCAACCUCUACUAUGUUUGCCCGGAUAACUUAGGCAUGCCGAAGGAUGUGAUUCACUUCGUCAAAUCUAAGGGCAUUCAGCAAUGGUCUUGCACCGCCCUGGAAGAAGUAAUCGACAAAGUGGAUGUUCUCUAUAUGACCAGAAUUCAACGAGAGCGCUUUGCCUCUGAAGAAGAAUACAAAGCCAGCUGUGGCCGCUUGGUGCUGACUCCGCACAUCAUGACCCGCGCCAAACGCCGAAUGAUUGUGAUGCAUCCCCUUCCGCGGGUGUUCGAGAUCAGCAAGGAGAUCGACAUCGAUCCGCGGGCGGCCUAUUUCCGCCAAGCCGAGUACGGCAUGUACGUCCGCAUGGCCCUUCUGGCCAUGGUACUCGGAAAGUGUUAAUCAGAAGAGGAUCGUUUCUUUCUUCUAUAAAUUAUUAUGCACGUGCCACAAACCCAAUCAACAGUGAUCCACCGCAAGCAGCGGAUGGUAGUUUUAAUAUAUGCUCUAUGAAUAUAAUAUACACUUUAUCAUGGUUUUCUAAAUGCUAUCACAUAAAAACUAGAA